CUGAGCUGUGGAUUGGUCUCGCGUCUCAUUGUCAUUCACUCGGCGUUCACGCGCUCUCGUGGAUGUGGAUGCGUCUCUGCGUCUCUCCGUGGCUCAGAUUAGCUCUUUUGUUUCCAAAACACAAAUCCCGAGGGAAAUGAUCGCGGUUGCCCGGACAGCGCGCGAUCCCUCCAGUAUCUGUGUCUCUGCGGAGUCGGACUCGUAAGGAUGCUGCCUCGCUGAGGAUCCGUGAUGGACCGCGAUGAUGCAUGACACAUGGCUGUGAUGCUCCAGGAUCAUCUUCUCCAUCAUGUCUCCAGCGGCUCCGGUAACGGACAGCAGCGCCGUUGAUGUCCUCCGCGAGCAGACGGACGCGCCGCGGGAAGCGCAACGACCCGUAAAGCAGUCUUUGAGCAAGUCCCUGUGCCGCGACUCGCACUGGAAAUGCCUUCUACUCUCACUGCUGAUGUACUGCUGCAUGAUCGCGAUGACCUGGUGCCAGGUCACAAAGGUCACGCGCCUCACCUUCGACAGCGCUUUCAAGGGCAAGUCCAUGCUGUACCACGACAGUCCCUGUUCCAACGGCUACAUCUACAUCCCGGUGGCCUUCCUCGUCAUGCUCUACGUGGUUUACCUGGUGGAGUGUUGGCACUGCUACUCGCGCAAAGAACUCCAGUUUAAAGUAGACCUGGAGAGCGUCGGCGAGCGCGUGCAACGCAUGCAACAAGCCACGCCGUGCAUCUGGUGGAAGGCUAUAAGCUACCAUUACAUACGCCGGACGAGACAAGUGACGCGGUAUCGCAACGGCGACGCCUACACGACCACGCAGGUUUACCACGAGCGCGUCAACACGCACGUCGCGGAGGCCGAGUUCGAUUACGGGAACUGUGGGGUUAAAGACAUUUCGAAACACCUCACAGGACUGGAAGGCUUUCCGGUGACCAAGCUGCGCUUCACUAAGUGCUUUAGUUUCGCCAAUGUCGAGUCCGAGAACUCCUAUUUGACGCAAAGAGCACGGUUCUUCACCGAGAACGAAGGACUGGAUGAUUAUAUGGAAGCGCGUGAAGGGAUGCAUCUAAAAAACGUCGAGUUUAAGGAAUACAUGCUUGCUUUUGCGGAUCCGGAUCGCUUGCCGUGGUAUGCGUCGCAGUGCAGCUUCUGGUUGGCGGCGGCGUUGACUUUAUCCUGGCCAUUGCGGGUCUUGACGGAAUACCGCACGGCGUACGUUCACUAUCACGUGGAGAAGCUUUUCGGAUUCGACUACGUCGCUGUUACACCACUGGAUGAGCGUCCGUUUUGCCGCCACAUCCCACGGGUCAACACCAUCGACAGCACAGAGCUCGAGUGGCACAUUCGCUCCAACCAACAGCUCGUUCCCAGUUACUCUGAAGCUGUGCUUAUGGAUCUGGCGCAGCAGUCCAGUUGCAAUACGUUCUCGCCGCGUGGCAUUGGCGCAGCCGGAGGAAAUGGCUUCGGAGGAUAUCGGCAGAACUGCGAACGCUGCCAUCGGUCCAUAAGCAGCUCGUCGAUUUUCUCGCGCAGCGCGUUGAGCAUCUGCAACAGCAGCAGUCCGCGUUUGCCUUUCAGCGGAAGCCGGUUCUCUCUAGGCCGUUUGUAUGGCUCGCGUCGCAGCUGUCUCUGGCGAAGUCGCAGCAGUAGCCUGAACGAUCCCAGCUGUCCGACGGAAAGCACGCGAUGCCUGGCCGAUCAAUCGGCCAAUGAGGAGAGCCCACCUUCUCCGCCGGCCUAUCAGGACGCACUAUAUUUUCCCGUACUGAUUAUUCACCGCAACGAGGGCUGUGCCGGUCACGACCACCAUUCGCUGCACCGUAAUGCAUCCUGCGUGGAGACUUCGUUAUAGCGUUAGCAAAAGGACGAGAACACAAACAUGGUGUUGCAUUUGUAAAAUGAACAGACUGGUACAGAAAUGUUUGUAUGAAUACCUUUCCCUCUAAAUGUGCAUUAGCACAAAACUUCGAAUGGCACAUGAUUGCAUUUCUUCAUAACAAAUGCAGUCUGGCUUUUAUUGAUAUAUUUAUACACUUGUGACGCACCAUAUUCAGCUUCUUCAACAAUGGCAACAUCUUGCCAAUCUCUCACUUUGCAUUUGUAAUCAAUAUGAAAUGGCAUUUCAAACCCGUUUUACUUGCAUAAUAUUACAUAUUUUCAGGUAAAACAACACAUUCCAAGAAAAUAAAUGAGAAAUGUAAAAUGAUCCUUGUAAAAUGUAAAAGUUUAUCCAUGGAGAAUUGACUGGAUCAUGAAAAAUGGUUGGACAUUAAAGGCAUGUUCACACCAAGCACGAUAACUAUAAAGAUAACGAUAAAAAUAUAGUUCUAAAAAUAGUUCUGAAUAUAUUAAAGACUAGCAGAGUCCACACCACAGGUAUAACGAUAAAGAUAUCGUUGUAAUAACUUUCAUAACGAUUUUUUCCAGCUGGUGAACGAUAAAAACAUUGACAGCCAAUCAGAAUCAAUCCUGCUAUAAUGAGCUCGAGAAUUUAAAGUGGCAGAUGAACGUGCGCUUACAAUAAACAGAUGAUAUUGUCCACUGGUGUGGAUGCUACAGUUAUCGUUCUUGGUGUGAACGGGCCUUAAAGGUUGAAAAAUAAGGUAAAAUCCAAAACGUCAGCACGACAUUAACAUUUUAUAUAGUUUUCUCCUUUGCAAUAACAUGCAUUUACAAAUCGUUCAUAUUAAAACACAUUAACACAAAAAGUAAACAGGGUUAAUUUGAGUUCAUGUUGACUUCAAAUUCAAAUUGCACAUUUCAAAUAGCAUUUUUCCUUUUUUUUUAUUAAAUUGAAAACAGAUCCCAUUUAUUAAUUUCUUUUUCUCUUUGGUGUUUCAGAAAUGUUUGUUUCAGUAUGCCAAAUGUAAGAUUGUUUACUUUUUCCACUUAAAUGUGCAAUAGAAAACAAUGUACAAAAACAACUUUAGACAAAGCUGAAUGGCUCAUAAUUACAUUUGUUCAUAACAAAUGCAGGCUGGCGUUUAUUAAUAUAUCAACACUUUUUCAGCUUCUUCAAUGAUGGCAAAAUCUGGCAAACUACUUCUCACUUUGCAUGUGAAGUCAACAAGAAAUGGCAUUUACAACCCAGUUUACUUUCAUAAUGUGUCAUAUUUUUUCAUUAUAACACCAUAUUAAUAAGUAAAAAGACAAAUGUAAAACUUCAUGUAAGGUGAUUGGAGGAUAAGGGUUGAAAAAUAACCCAAAACAUCAUCCAAAAAGAAAAGUCAUUUCAGAGAUGGAGCAAGUCGUGCCAUUAUUACUUUGCAAUAACAUGCAUUGAAAAAUCGUUCACAUGAAAACAUAUUAACAAAGUAAACAGGGUUUAUUUGAGUUCAUGUUGACUUCAAAUGGAAACACCAAAUGUGAAAUGGACAUUUCUAUCAUUUCCUCUUUGAUGAUUCAAUCGGAAUGUUACAAAACACUUUCAGUUCUACUUGCAAUGUAUAUAUAAACACACACACACACACACACACACACACAUAUAUAAGCUUCAACAAAAACAAAGCAACAUACUUCCUUAAUGUUAAACAACACGAAAAAUAACACUGUUGGAUCCCAGGAUACUGACCGUUUACCACAAACACAAAUCAACAGCUCAGACAUGAAAUAAUUAUCAUUUAUAGAGCUGUCCUGUCAAAGACAUAAAAAUAUUAAUACAUUUUAAAAUAAAUAAUAAAACUAUUAUGAGCAUAAAAUCACUUAUUAAAAUAAGGCAUGAUACAGAACAGAAAUUAUUGAGUUAAAAAACUAUUCAUAAACACCUUUUUCUUCUGAUCUAUUUAUGGCAACGGUGUCAGUGAAUAAUUUAAUACAUGCGCCUAAAGGACAUGAGAACCUCAAAAAAAUACAUCUUCUUUGAAAAUCCUGCUGGAUAUUUAAUAAACAUUAAGGUAGGAUCGACUAAAGCAUUUGUUUUUUUAAUUUUCUGCAACUACCUCUUCUUUUUACAGGAAUGUAAGUGCCUCAGACUGUUAUUUUAGUGUUUGUGUUUAAUUAUUUAAAAGCUUUGGUGUUGACAUCGCAUUUAUAUGUUGCUGUGAAAAGAAAAGUCAUAAACAUUUUGUGCAUUAAGAUCCGUCCUUGCCAAAAACAGAGAAAAGCAGGACUAAAAAUAACAGUUGACACUCAAAUGAUGCUCAAAAUGAAUCUUAAAAAUAUAAAUAUAAAUAUAGAUGUUCCUGUUCCUUCAAAUACACAAUUUACCAUUAUAAUCUACCAAGAGAAGGGAAAAUAUUUUCUGCAGUGUAUUGAUAUCUUUGUUGGGAACGGUCUUCACUUACAUCAGCACCAAAACUUUGAUACUUUGUUUUAAGAGAAUCUGAACUCAUCUGUAUAAAGCAUUGGCAAAAUAAUCCAUAAAAGCCCAAACUGACAGUAUAUAUGAAUAUAUGACAGUACAGUGAACCUCUGCAUGAGCUCUGACAUAUGAACAUACUGUAAAUAUCAGAGUGAUUUAAAGGCCAGCGACUGAAGCACAGAACAGACUCAAACACAGUCAAACUCGUUUCCGAAUCACUUCAUCCUGUAGUUUAAAACAUUCCAGAGUAAGUUUAAAAUCAUUUCAUAAAAUCAUAAGGUUCACCAUUUGUUUCUCAUUUCCUUAAACUUAAUUUAAUAAUAAAAAUGUCCCCUUAUUAGAUAUUUAAUUUGGUAAACCUUUCAGGUUUUCAGUUAUGAUAUUCAAAUAUGUCCGGGUCACAUUUCACCCUAAAUCAAGUAAAAAAACUGUAGAAUGUAGAAAAUGAAAUUAUGUUUGUGACAUAUUUUUAUUGUGAUAUUGUCCUGACUAGUCAGCACAUUUCCCAUUCAAAUAUUGAUUACGAAAAUAUGAAGUAAUAAUAAUUUUUACCAUUUGUUUCUCAUUUAAACUUUGCAAAAAUUAGUUUUUAAUAAUUUCCUCUCAUUAAGAAUUUAAUUUGUUAAACCUUUUAGAUUUUCAGUUAUGAUAUUCUAUCACAUCUGGGUCAUAUCACACACACACACAAUCAAAAGGACAAAAUAGGAAAUUAUAUUUUGCAUUAAGGUUUUUUGCAUUGACAUUAUUUCAUGACCAAUAAGGACAUUCCCCUUUUCAAAUGAUGAUUACUAUAAUGUGAAAUUAUAGUAGUAACAAUUAUUAUUAGUAUUAUUAUAAAAAUAUAAAAAUAAUAUAAUACAAAAAAUGAAAUGCUAGGAUUCAUUUUAUGCUAAAUGAAUUUAAAUAAUAUAUUAUUUUAAUUUUAGGGUAAAAUAUGACCAGGACAUAUUUCAAGAGGUUCAUCCUAUUAUGCAAAAGACAAUUAUUAUUUAUUUUAUUUUUUUUGCAGGUGGCCACAUGUUGUAAUUUUGGAAAGAAAAUGUUUCAUGUCUUGACAAAAUGUAAUACAAAACAUUUUGUAUAUAAAAAAAGAAAUGUUUAUGUGCACAGAAGCUGUCAUGAUUGUUUAUUUGACCAUUACAUGUGUGCAUACAGUAAACGUCAGUAUGGCUACUGAUAUAACGGUUUUGUAUUGAAUAACAUUGUGUGAGUGUCAAUAAUCACGUCCCAUGUGAUGUACAGUAUCAUAAUGCAGAAACAAAUUCUAAAUGACAAAAAAUGAAUGUUUCAUAGCAUUGGGUGGACAGUCUGUCAUUCAUACAAUAUACCACUGACCAAAUUAUCACUUUAUAAGCAUGGAUGAUAAUUGUAGUUCCCUGCCCUUUUGAUGCCAUGCACGAUGUUUUUACGCUGCUAAAGGCCAUUUCAGUGCAAACAGUGCUUACACAAUAAUCAAUGUCACAUCACACAGAGUCUGUAACACUAUGUUGCCUAUACAGUUUGUGGCAUAUCUCAGGUUGGAGGCCAAAUAUGUGUGUUCAAGUUGAAUAUGUGUUUUAAUUUGAAUCAGGAUGACAUUAAAGUCAGCAUGAAAUAAAAAAAAAUCACCCUGUUUACUUUCUUUACACACACUGCUGGUCUUAUAGUGAAUAAUAUGCAAGUUGUUCUUACUUCACUCUAAUCAGUUCUUCUCAGAUAACGUCUGAGGCUGUGUAGACUAUUAGAAAUGUUAACAAUUGGCAAUAAGUUAUGUAGGCAUUGUUUUAAUUCUCAUUCAGGUCUUGUUCCAGUUACAGUAGCAUUCAAUUGUUUGGGUAAUGUUUUUGAAAGAAAUCUCUUCUGCUCACCAAGGCUGCAUUUAUUUGAUCAAAAAUACAGUAAAAAUUGUGAAAUAUUUUUACAAUUUAAAACAGCUGUUUUCUAUGUGAAUAUCUGUUCAAAUGUCAUUUAUUCCUGUGGUCAAAGUUGAAUUUUCAGCAUCAUUACUCCAGUCUUCAGUGUCACAUGAUCCUUCAGAAAUCAUUCUAAUAUGCUGAUUUGCUGCGCAAGAAUCAUUUCUGAUUAUUAUCAAUGUUAUUAACAGUUGUGCUGAUGAAUUUAUUUUUUGGAAACCACGAUACAUUAUUUUCAGGAUUCUUUAAUGAGUAGAAAGAUCAAAAGAACAGCAUUUAUUUAAAAUGUAUAGAAAUGUUUUGUAACAAUAUACGUGUCUUUGCUGCCACUUUUCAUCAAUUUUAUGCAUCCUUGCUGAACAAAAAUUCUAAUUAAAAAAAAUAAAUAAAAAAUGACUGACUCCAAACGUUUGAACAAUAGCAUAUGUAACGUCCACUUUUCACCAUCCAAACAAUUUCAAAAGGAUAAAAUAAUUAAUUCUGGGAUAAAACCUCUUUUUUUCUUGUUGCAUAAGUAAAAUAAGUUUAAAAUGAGAUACUUUAGUGCGUACGUGCUCAAUGAAAUGAACAGUGUCUUCAAAAUACAACUAACAGUGAUUGAUUGAGUGUGACUAUAGCUGGUCUGCUGGCUCUGAUUCUCCAGCUUCAACACGUUCACCGUCAGUGACCUUUGCCACUUAAUAAACGCUCACUAAUUACGAGCUAAUUCACCCUGUGGGAGUCAAACACUCUAUCAGCACCAACAAACCCACAAUCACCGUCAGUCUGUCACACACAGCCACACAUACACGUCAACAUUUGAGCCAAACAUGCUGCUCUUAACAUCCGUUUAGUUCAUCUGUGUGGUUGUGAAUGAUGGUAUAUUUCUGUUGACAUGUUGUGAAAAUUGUCUGUAUUUAAUUUCAUUGUUUAAGGCAAGACACUACAGGUAAAACCAUUGUUUUUAUGCAUUUUAUGUGUUAUUUUGCUUCCAUAACAAGAUUUCCAUAAAACUAGAAACUAAAAAGUGCAACAACAAAAAAAGAAAAGAAAAAAUACACAUUUAAGUGUUUAUUAAACUUUAACUAUUUGAGUUUGUAUAUUUCAAAUACAUUUCUUUUAAAAGUAAAUUUAGCAAAAUGAGUUUGUUUCUCCACUUCAGCAGCACUUACGUGCACCAAGUUUUACAUAAAUGUAUGCAAAUUAGUGCAUAUUUAAUUAGAUAAUGCGUCAUUUGCAUAUUCAAAUAAAACAUUUCUAAUUUGUAAUACAAUUGUCUUAAUGUACUGUGAUUAAUCAACUUACUAAAAUAUGAAGUAAUAAAAAUAUUUACCAUGUAAACCUUUUUAAAUUCAUUUUUAAUAAUUUCCUCGUAUUUAGGAUUUAAUUUGGCACACCUUUUAGAUUUUCAGUUAUGAUAUUCUAUCACAUCUGGGUCAUAUUUCACACAAAAUCAAAAGGAAAAAAAUAGGAAAUUAUAUUCUGCAUAUAUAAAAUAAAGCCAUCAGGGUUUUUUUGCACUGACAUUAUAUAUGACAGAUGAUUUAUAAUAAUAAUUAAAAUAUUCUACUGAAAAUAAUAAAACACAAAAAUUGCUAGGAUUCAUUUUAUGCAAAGUAAAUUUAAAUAAUUAUUUUAAUUUUAGGGUGAAAUAUGAACUAUGCAAAGCAUAUUGAUAUCUUUUAGUUAAAAUGUUUUAUUUUCACCUGUAAUGUCUUUGCUUCAAGAAUAACAGAUAUAGUAAGAGGGAUUUUGGUCAUUUUUUAUUUGUUUACCAUGUUUCUCAUUAGCCAGUAAUUAUUCUCUGACAAGCACAGCAUGUCCGGCUCAGUCUUUGGCACUGGGAUCAUACGUGUGCUUGAUUUUUGCGUGCAGCUUGGCUCUGAUUGGUGCGUAGAGCCUGAGUGAUGCAGU